AUGGCGUCGUUCCUCGAAAAUUCAUACAGUCUGAUCCACCUGGACAACACGGCAGACCAGCCGACGAUCCAGGAACUGAAACUUCAACUGGAAAAGGGCAAUGAUGAGACCAAAAUGGAAACAAUGCGGACGAUUGUCACAAUCAUGCUCAAUGGCGACCCUAUGCCCCAGUUGCUCAUGCACAUCAUUCGCUUCGUCAUGCCGUCGAAAAGCAAAUCCCUGAAGAAACUACUCUAUUUUUACUAUGAGAUUUGCCCAAAGCAUGAUUCGAAUGGCAAGUUGAAACAGGAGAUGAUCUUGGUCUGCAAUGGUAUCCGUAACGAUCUUCAGCAUCCCAAUGAAUAUGUCCGAGGAAAUACCCUCCGUUUCCUGUGCAAGCUUCGCGAACCCGAACUGAUCGAGCCCCUCCUUUCCUCGGCCCGCUCGUGUUUGGAACACCGCCACGCCUACGUGCGCAAGAAUGCCACUUGGGCCGUUGCUUCCAUCUUCCAACACUCCGAGUCUCUCAUUCCCGAUGCCCCGGAGCUUCUCCAGACUUUCCUCGAGUCAGAGACCGACAGCACUUGCAAGCGCAAUGCCUUUGCCGCGCUCAUGUCUAUCAGCCACCAGAAGGCGCUCGAAUACCUCCGCACUACCUUCGAUACUAUUCCCAACACCGACGAGCUUCUUCAAUUGGCCGAACUGGAGUUUUUGCGGAAAGAUGCUGUGCAAAACACUCAGAACAAGUCGCGAUACCUCAAACUCAUGCUUGAACUCCUCGAUGCGUCAACCAGUACCGUCGUUUACGAGGCCGCCACCUCUCUCACUGCCCUUACUAGCAACCCCGUCGCCGUCAAAGCCGCUGCGAGCAAGUUGAUUGAGCUUGCCAUUCGGGAGGCCGAUAACAACGUCAAAUUGAUCGUGUUGGAUCGCGUAGAUCAGCUUCGCAUUCGCAAUGAAGGUGUUCUGGAUGAAUUGACUAUGGAGAUCCUACGAGUCCUCACUAGUCCCGAUAUUGAUGUUCGCCGGAAGGCCCUCGGUAUUGCCUUGGAGAUGGUUUCGAGCAAGAAUGUCGAGGAGAUCAUUAUGCUGCUCAAAAAAGAACUCGCCAAGACUGUGGAUGAGCAGUAUGAACAGAACAGUGAAUACCGCCAACUGCUAGUGCAGUCAAUACACACUUGCGCCAUCAAAUUCUCCGAGAUUGCCGCCAGCGUUGUCGACCUGCUGAUGGACUUCAUUGCCGACUUCAACAACAACUCUGCUGUCGAUGUCAUUUCCUUCGUUAAGGAGGUUGUUGAGAAGUUUCCCGAUCUGCGUGGCUCGAUUGUCGAUCGUUUAGUCUCUACUCUGAGCGAGGUUCGAGCUGGUAAAGUUUACCGUGGCGUCCUCUGGGUUGUUGGAGAGUACUCUUUGGAGGAGAAUGAUAUUCGGGAGGCGUGGAAGAAGAUCCGCGCCAGCCUUGGUGAAAUCCCCAUCCUGGCCUCUGAGCAACGACUGCUCGAUGAGGUCCCUGAUGACAAUGCCCUUCUUCAGGAGCAGGUCAACGGCCAGGCCAAGGCCGCACCCACGGGCUCUCGUAAGGUUCUGGCCGACGGCACAUAUGCUACCGAGAGUGCUCUCACCAGUCAGUCUGCCGCCGCUGCCCGUCUGGAGGCUGUUAAGGCUGCGCAAAAGCCGCCGCUCCGUCAACUCAUUCUGGACGGUGACUACUACCUUGCCACCGUUCUUUCUUCGACCCUGACCAAACUCGUGAUGCGUCACUCCGAAGUCUCCCAGGAUACUGCUCGCACCAAUGCUCUCCGGGCCGAGGCCAUGCUUAUUAUGAUUUCCAUUAUGCGUGUUGGCCAGUCACACUUCGUCAAAGCCCCUAUUGACGAAGAUUCUGUCGAUCGCAUAAUGACUUGCGUCCGUUCCCUGGCAGAGUUCUCCGAGAAAAAGGAUCUUGAGGUUACCUUCCUUGAGGAUACUCGCAAGGCGUUCCGUGCUAUGGUCCAGGUUGAGGACAAGAAGCGGGCUGCGAAAGAGGCCGUGGAGAAGGCUAAGAGCGCUGUUCAGAUUGAUGACGCUAUCCCCAUCCGUCAGUUCACCAAGAAGAACACCGUCGAGGGUGCUGAGGAGAUUGAGCUGGAUCUUGUCAAGGCUACCGGUGGUGACUCUACCGUGGAGAACGUCGCCUCCAAACUGAGCCGUGUCGUGCAAUUGACGGGUUUCUCUGACUCGGUCUACGCCGAGGCCUAUGUCACUGUCCACCAGUUUGACAUCGUCCUCGACGUUCUGCUGGUCAACCAAACCACGGAGACGCUGCAGAACCUCUCUGUGGAGUUCGCCACUCUGGGAGAUCUCAAGGUUGUCGAGCGGCCGUCUACCAACAACCUAGGCCCCCGUGACUUCUUGAACGUCCAGGCGACGGUCAAGGUGUCCUCGACUGACACUGGUGUCAUUUUUGGUAACAUUGUCUACGAUGGCGCCAGCUCUACCGAGACCCACGUGGUCAUCCUUAACGACAUUCACGCCGACAUCAUGGAUUAUAUUCAGCCCGCCCACUGCACCGAGACCCAGUUCCGGACCAUGUGGACUGAAUUCGAAUGGGAAAACAAGGUCAACAUCAACUCCAAGGCCAAGACCCUCCGCGAGUUCCUGAAACAGUUGAUGGAAAGCACAAACAUGGCCUGCUUGACCCCGGAUGCCUCUCUCAAAGGCGAUUGCCGCUUCCUCAGUGCUAAUCUCUAUGCUCGAAGUGUAUUCGGCGAGGAUGCUCUAGCCAACUUGAGCAUUGAAAAGGAAGGCGAUGACGGUCCCAUCACCGGCUUUGUUCGAAUCAGAAGUCGCUCCCAGGGUCUGGCCCUGAGCCUGGGCUCUUUGAAAGGCCUGAAGGCGGCGGCGGCAUGA